UAAUUGCUUCACCAAACAUCAAAGUAUAUUAAAAACGAAAUAAAAGUAAUCAAACUUCAAACGGUGUGAUGAUCUAUAAUUUAAUAACACAACCUCGCUCACAUCAAACUCUCACUUGCUGUGCACUUUGGGUUAGCCUUUCAAUGCGUUAUGAUUCUCUCUCUGCCCUCCUCGUUUUCAGACCAGCUGGAAAUUAGAAAAAUGGACCACUUGAUGAAGAAAGAAACAAGCAUAGUUUGAUGGAAGUAUCUUGAUCUAUCUUUUUUCCACAAAAUAAAUAUAUUUAUCUUAGAAAAGAAACAAAAAGUUAGAGAAAAUAUCAUGUGAGGUGUGGUUGAUAGUUGGCAAGUGUUGCUAUAAAAGAAAGUGAUAGUUUCCUGAGAAAACUUAUAGGUAAGAAGAAAGUAGGUUUUUCUUGGGAAAAGCUUUUCAGUUACAGAGAGAAGUAAAAGACAAGAGACAAAAACAACAAGAAGUUGAUGGAAGCAAGAGGUACUAGUGGUAUAAGCAUGAAGUCAUUAGAGAGAGUGGUUUCAGAUAAAGCAUUAAAGCUUGGAAACUCAUUUCCAUGUCAAAUCUGUGUGGUUGGGUUUCUCUGUGGAAUCUGUCUCACUUCUCUUUUCUUAGCUGCUCUCACUUCCAUUGGCACCUUCGAGCUCGCCGCCUUCUCCUUCUCCUCUUUCUCUCCUCCUUGCAAUUCCACUUCUCAAAUCAUCAACAUAGACAGGAAACUGAAAUGGAAGAACAAAGCUGAGACCGAAGAAGAAAAUGAUGAUGAUCAGGUUAAUCUUUUGGUCUCUGCUUGGGACAACAUAUUACUAAACAAUGAAGACUACUUCAAGAAACUAGGGAUAAGCAAAUCUGAUGUCCCAAACGCUCCACAUUUGGAGAACUGUGAGGAGAGGACACGAGCUAGAGAGCGCUUGGAUACAAGAAUAUCAAACCAUACAUUUCCUUCUUGGAUCAAUGGAGGAGAUGAAGAUAACUAUCCACUAACUAGAAGCGUGCAAAGAGAGAUAUGGUAUCAUCAGCAUCCUUUGGACUGUGAAGACAAGAGUCUCAAGUUCCUUGUAGCUGACUGGGAAACGCUUCCUGGCUUUGGUAUAGGAGCUCAGAUCGCUGGAAUGACUGGUCUUCUCGCAAUAGCUAUAAACGAAAACCGAGUUCUUGUUUCAAAUUACUAUAACCGAGCAGAUCAUGAUGGUUGCAAAGGUUCUGCUAGAGGAAGCUGGUCUUGCUACUUCCUACCGGAAACAUCGAAAGAGUGUAGGAAACGUGCGUUUGAAGUAAUGAAGAAGAGAGAAGCCUGGGAGAGAGGGACUGUUACAGGGAAACAAAACUACAGCACCAAGGAGAUUUGGUCUGGACAUAUACCAAAGAGAUGGGGUAAGCCUUGGAGUUACAUGAGGCCAACUACAGAGAUCAACGGAAGCUUACUCACCAGUCACAGGAAAAUGGACAGGAGAUGGUGGAGAGCACAGGCGGUUAGAUACUUGAUGAGGUUUCAAACGGAAUACACUUGCGGUUUGGUGAACGUUGCUAGACAUUCUGCGUUUGGGAAAGAAGCUGCUGAGAUUGUUCUCUCGGCAGGAGGUUGGAGAAAGAAGAAGAAGAGGUCGGAGAUUGAGGAAAGCGUGUGGUCGAGUCACAAGCCGUGGAUACCGAGGCCAAUGCUGAGCGUGCAUGUGCGUAUGGGAGACAAAGCUUGCGAGAUGAGAGUCGCAGCUUUAGAAGAGUAUAUGCGUUUGGCUGAUAGGAUCAGAGAACGGUUUCCGGAGCUCAACAGGAUCUGGCUCUCUACGGAGAUGAAGGAAGUUGUGGACAGGAGUAAAGAGUAUGGUCAGUGGAGAUUCUAUUACACGGAAGUGGCGAGACAAGUUGGUAAUAACUCGAUGGCUGAGUAUGAAGCUAGCCUUGGGAGAGAGAUGAGCACGAACUAUCCUCUUGUUAACUUCUUGAUGGCGUCAGAAGCUGACUUCUUCGUCGGAGCUUUAGGCUCCACUUGGUGUUUCCUCAUUGAUGGUAUGAGGAAUACCGGUGGUAAAGUCAUGUCCGGUUUUCUCAGUGUCAAUAAAGACCGGUUCUGGCGUUCGGGUGUCAAAUCUGUUCCGGUUUGGAAUCAAUUCAGGUUUGAGUUUUCUGGAGCACAAAUUUAGAUCUCAUUCGGAUAUAUAAAAGUUCGGUUUGGUGUCA